AUGGGAAACUGCUGUUGUGGUGCUGCUCAGAAACUUUGUAUAAAUUGUAAGGAAAAAGAAGCAUAUACAGGUUCACUUUGGUGCUCAAAACAUUGUAGAAAUCAAACUCCAAACUGGCAAAGAUUGACGAAUGAAAAAAGUAAACGACUUUGCAUAUAUUGUAAAAGAAAAAAUGCGCUUAAAGGAAGUGAUUUUUGUUCUAAUGAUUGUGAAAUAUCUAUUAAAAGAAUGGCGCCAUGUUUGUUGAGGUUGCCAUCAGAUGGUCAAAAAUACAAAGAUAUAACUAAUCAAUUUAUAACUGCUUGGAAACACCCUGGAAAAACUCCACCGGAAGUUGCUGAUAUAUGGAAGAUCUUUUGUUCAGAAAAUUUAAAUACUCGGUAUAAUAUGUAUCGUAAUGAAGUUGAAAAUAAACGUAAAUUUGCUGGUAAAUUUUUCGGAAAAGGUGAGGGAAAACGUAAAAUGAGUGCAGGAAAUGAACAAAGAAGAUUUCAUGGAACAAAAACGUCGUGUUAUAUAGGUUUAACAAGUGGUGAUGUGUGUAACGGCCCAGCAUGUUCCGUUUGUUGCAUUAUAAGAGAAGGUUACAAGCUGAGAUAUGCGAACACCACAUAUCAAAGAUUUGGCAGAGGUAUAUAUUUCUCUGGAACAUCAUCCAAAUCUGAUGAUUAUAAUGAAGGCUCAUUAAAAUAUUCUCAAGGCUCAAAAUACAAAGUAAUGAUAUUGAAUAAAGUUGUUGUUGGACAAGGAUAUCAAUUAACUAAAAAUAGUAUGGAUUUAACUGAGCCCCCAGCAGGUUUUGAUUCAAUAUUAGGUGAACCAAGUGAUACUGGCAACUUAAAUUACGAUGAAAUUGUUGUAUAUAGAGAGGAAUCAUCCAUCCCUCAAUAUUUGAUUGUUUACAAAGUUUAA